UUUAGGUCCCAAGUCUUUGUUUUUCUUUGUUUUCCAUUACUGAUAAUACAACAUAACGAUUGUAACAAGGUUAUUUGUGAAGUCCCAAGGACUUUGUCAUAACAGUGUUCCACUGUACUACUUUCUUCACUCUAACCAUGACUGAAACCCGCGAGUUAGACCCUCUGUUCUUGCACCCAGCUAUAAUGCUCAUGGAACACCAAUAUACUCUCAUCACUGUUUGUGCUCCGAUUGCCAUUGUUUAUAAAUGUAAAACGCUUAUGCCGUUGUCUCUUCUUGUCUGCUCUUCAAUCUUGUCAUUUUUUUUGGCAGAAUUUGGUGUAAAUAAUGUCUUAAAAUUCAACCAGUCAACAAAACCCAGUGCUUUAUGAUUCCCAGGUUUCUCUUGUAAACUCCCUCCUCCCCCAAAAAACAAACAACACAACAAAAUCAAAAUUACAGCUCAACAAAGGACACAACAAUCAGUAGCUUUCCUUGUAAUUUGCUGUUCAAGUGUUUAAAUUUGUCAAAAUGUUUUAAUUUAUCUGGCUAAUUUUGCUUGCUACUUAUCUUAAAUAUGCAUGUACUGUACAUGUAUUACAUGCAUAUAAGAUAGUUCCACUUUAGUCUAUGGCCAUGGUAUAACAAAACAAUUUUUUCCUACUGUGACAGGGUCCAUGGGUUUUGUAAACCCUAAGGGGCAAAUGACAUUCAAGGCAAAGCUGAGGUUGCCAAUUUUCCCCUGUGGUGUGGUGUACAUGUACAAAACACCAUGGACCCCUACACCACAUGCACACCAUUGCCCCUGGACUUGGAUUGCACAACGUGUGCUUCUAUACUGGCUCUACUGCUAGCAGGCUACCUUGGACAGCAUUAUCUACCUCCUCCGAAACCAAGGAUUGUUGGGAUAGACCUUGGCACAACUUAUUCUUGCAUUGCAGUGUAUCAUGCUGUCACCGGUGAAGUCCAGGUAAUUGAGUUAGACAACCACGACACCAUUCCAUCCAUGGUGGCCUUCACUCCAGAAGGGACAGAACUUGUUGGCUACAGUGCUUUAUGUCAGGCUGAGCAAAAUGUCGUCAACACUAUAUAUGAUGCAAAACGGUUCAUUGGUAAACGAUUCACUCCAGAAAAAUUGAAGGAAGAGGCUUCCAGAUACUCAUUUAAGGUAAAACUACAAGUAGAUAAUGACUUGGCAACAUUUGAAGUGAACUCACAGGUUGUUUCACCGGAGUAUAUAGGAUCACGCAUCAUUCUGCAUCUGAAGGAAAAAGGAGAGCGCCAGCUAGGGGUUACAGUGGACAAGGUAGUCAUAUCUGUGCCUGCAGAUUUUGAUGAACUACAAAGGAACUACACAAGGGCAGCUGCCCAACUAGCAGGCCUGGAAGUCUUGCGAAUUAUUAAUGAGCCAACAGCAGCUGCUAUGGCAUAUGGACUACACAACCAGAGGACACCGUCAGAAAUCAUAGUGGUGGAUAUGGGAGGAGGGACACUAGAUGUCUCAUUACUCAGAGUUCACGGUGGAAUGUUCCAGACAUUAGCCAUGGCAGGAAACAAUCAUCUGGGAGGACAGGAUAUCAACCACCGCCUUGUGCAGUACUUGUGUGAUCUAAUUGCCAUGAAAUACUCAAAGCCUGUACUGAAUGUUAGGGAGCUGCAGAAUUUACGCCUUGCAGUGGAAGAUGUUAAGCUCAAUCUCACAAAUCAUGAGUCUUCAUUGCUUCAGCUGCCAUUGCCAUCCCUUGGAGAUCACGUGAUAUUCACUGAGAAUAUCACCAGAGAAAUGUUUGAACAUUUGAAUGAAGACCUUUUCCAAAAGGUGCUGGAACCAAUCAGACUGGUCAUUGAAGAGGUUGAAAUGACUCCUGAUGACAUAGAUGAGGUAGUACUCGUGGGUGGAUCAACAAGAAUUCCAAGAGUGCGUCAAGUUGUUGGAGACUUCUUUGGCAAGGUUCCCAAUGUAGAGGUUGAUCCUGAAUUAGCUGUAGUGUAUGGGGUUGCUAUACAGGCUGGUAUUAUAGGGGGUAUGUGGCCAUUACAAGUCAGUGCAAUUGAAAUACACAAUACUAAAGUCAAAAAAAUAAGGGUCACUUAGAUGAUAAGUGGAAUAAAAUCGACCAAAUUAAACAAAUGUAUGCAUAGAAAUGAACUAGACAUUUCACCAAGACUUUUCUUAUUCAGAUAAUAAAAAUUCAAAGUUAAUUAAACUGCAGAUGCUCAUCUAGCAUGAAAUUCAGACAUACUUAGUUUCUUUCAAAUUGUACUUCAGAGGUAGGAUAAAUAGGGGAGCAGUAACUGUCCUGGAACAUAAUACACAGAUUUCAAAUCCAUGUCUUCAGUCUAAAGGAGGUUUCCUGUUUUAUUGUUUAGUGCACUGUAAGGUAAUGUUGAUUGAUACAAAAUUAAUAUAUAAGUUGAUACAAAAAGUAUUAUCAUAGCCAUUGUUAUCACUAGUUCUUGUUGAUCCAGGUUAGAAGUGUUUUGUAAUUCUGUAAUUUAUACUGGCAUUGGAGAUUGGAGAGAGACAUGUGAGAGGAGAGAAUCAAAAUCUGAUAUUGAAGAGAAUAAAAGAAGACAUCAAAUAAUGUUUUGCACACAAUAAUUUGAGGUGGGAAAUAAUCAGUUGACUUUUGGCAAUAAGUUGAGAAAGUAGUUGGUCAUCGGGUCAUACUCUGAUAAUUCAUUCAACAUAUCGUGGUCUGUCAGAAAGAAGAAUGUUUGAAUUUUUAAUAUAAAUCAAAGGUUUCUACCCUGAAUCAGCUCGGAUGUGUGCAGCAGUACCCGACUUUAAUUCACAUUAAAUUAACUUGAGGGUUUUUCCCAGAUGUCAAUAGUUAUUGAAUUUUUUUUUCAAAACUUACUGCAGGUGAAAGUAUGGAAAGUAAAAGGGUGACAUUUUUAUUUAGUUCCAAAAGUACUUCUGUCUGUACUUCCAUCCAAACAAGCCUCUGUGGCUUUUCUCCUAGAGAUAUGAAUUUCUUGCAUUAAAGAUACAUGUACAUGAAUAAUUAAUGAUUCUGAGUAGUGCAUAUCAUUUUGACGUUAUCAUUAUGUCAUCAGGUGUCAAAUUUUAAGCAAUUAAACCUCACGUGCUUCUCAUCA